ACCACCUAAAUAAGAGGAGUCAGGAGUGGCAAUGUGUCAGAGACAAUGGCAAGGCUGUGGAAGGCAUCUGUAUUGGUGGUGGCCUUGGCUCUGGUAGCCUGUGAAGCCCAGGGUCCACCAACAUAUGAGGAUAUUGUUGAGCAGGCCGUAGAGGCAUUUAACAAUGGGUGUCCAGGGAAGCCCCUCUUCCGCCUGAUAGAUGUCACCAUGCCAUCUGACCAGAAUCCCACUAGCAAUUUUCCACUCAAGUUCAGUAUUAGCGAGACAGACUGCAUCUCCGUCCCGGAAAGACAGCCUCAAAACUGCAACUUCCUGGAAAAUGGGGAGGAUCGAAACUGCAGAGGUCAAUUCAUCAGAAGGCGGCUCUCAACCUCCUUGACCUUGAGCUGUGACAGAGAUUGCAGUAGAGAGGUGAGCAGCUUGCUGCCCCGCAUCUCCUCCAGGUUUCUCACUGCAGAGGUCCAAUCCUGA